AUGAAGCGCGUGUCGAAUCUCUUCUCUAGCGACCAGAGCCGCCGGCCAGCAUCAGCAUUGUUGCGAGCCCCAAAUGAGGAGGCAGUUACUUCGCAGCAGCGACAUUCCACCGGCCAGUGGCUGCAGGGCAACAUCGCCAGCUAUGACUCGACCCUAUCUUCCGUCUCGCAGCCCGGGGUCAGUGGAGUUCUCGGCCGUGAUGCUGCAGCGUCAUCCCAGCAGCAGCAAGAGCAGGCAUGGAUAGCCAGCGGUCGGGAGCCUACUUCCCUUCCGGCGAGUAGACCGAGCCCGCCAAAUCGUGCUCACACCGCUGAUGAUAGACCAGCUCACGCCUUCACGAACACGCCCACACUGGGGCCUAACACUGUGGCAUUCCCACAUGAGAGGGCCGACCUUGCGGCCCACCAGAUGGGGCUGACUCUACCAAAUAGACCCGCAUCUGUGCAGAGCCUCAUCAGUGCAGCACCUCUAGAGAACGGUCUCCAUGCUACAUCCAGGCCUGUCACCCCUAAUGCUAACCAGAACAUCGAGCGAGCCGACCUGCACAAGCUGCUGAAGUCCAUAGGAGCCCUAUUGAUCAACUUUGACGAGUAUCGCUCUCUGCAAGCUCAAUUGUCAAAGGUGGAAAAAGCCCUCGGGAUAGGCUGUGCAGACCUGGCUAAGAACAAGACAAUGCAGCGCAACCCUUCGACUGCCCUUGCACUGGCGGGGAACAGCUUUGCUGCACAGCACGAGGUGAGCGGUCGCUACGCCAAGGCAGUACAGAAGGAGUACGACACCCUCAAUGAAGCCUGCGCAAAGCAUUUCAAGACGAUCGCCAAGGAGGAGAAGAAUCUCGACGACUUUGCCGCAAUCACAGAAGACAAGAUCAAGAAGGCCCAAUUUGGGUACGAGAGGGGCACGCGAAAGGCCACUACCAACGCUCGAACACUGGCAGAUGCCCACGAGAAGUACAUUUCAACCAUCUCAGCCCUCGCUAGCGCUACCACUGCGGCGAGAGAUACUCAUGCUACAGCCAUGGCUGGCAAGAGUCAUGCCGUCAGUCUGCGAGUUGCAAGUACCCUGGGAGGCAUUGCUGACUCUUCGUUCCGAGCUCACUGCGACUCUGUUCGAUGCACAGGCGUUGUCGUUGGCCCAUUGGCAGCAGCCCUCAACUUUUGUGUCAGCGAGGCAAUGCCUUUGCAGCCACCCAUACCGCUGACUGAAGACGAAAGAGAUCCUUCAAGCACAUUGGCGGCAGAGGAAGCACGGAAUUCUGAGCCAAUAGCGCGAGAGCUGGUGGUGCAGGGUCAGAAUCCCAGCUCGAGUGACAAGAAGGACGGCUUCGUUGCCAGGGAGCAAUCGUCUGGUGCUGCCUCUCUAUCUGCAAGGCAGGGUAACGGCAAUCCUCAAGAUCGCAGCAUGAGACGUCCUCCUUCGUAUCGCAGCAUGGCUGGAGCUCCCGUGGAGACUCCUGACACAGCGCACCUGACUUCUCGAUCUAUUCCGUUCCAAGCUCACCACGCAGCACCACCUGAUCCAGCGCCCAACGAGCAGGGAAGCCACCUGCCGUUACCGUCGGCAUCUCGACCUGCUCGGGCCGGCAGUCGCGCUCCUUCUCCGACGUUACCAGCUCGACAGACGGAGAUCGAUCGAUCCGUGUCAGGCGGCCACAACUGGCCCGAUGGAAGCUAUCCUUCCAGCGCCAAAGGCAGCCAUACGAGCUCGGAGAGUCAGUAUACCGCGAAUCAGCCACAGACCCCCGUCACGGCACAAGAGCGUUACGAGCCUGACGACCGGGUUUCGCCCAAGCCUUCGCAUAAGGCGGCGGAGAUACCGACUCUCCCGCGCAGUACUGUCGCACCGAAUCUUGAUCGUCGACGCUCCCUCUGGGAGCAAGAGCGCGAGCAACAGGAGAGCAGAGAGAGGGAAGCGGCGCUGGAGCGACGCGCCAGGGAAGCAGAGGACCGGCUGAGAUUCCUCGAGCGGGCCACUUCCCCACCGGCAUCCAAUCAGAAGUCCAAGCCUUCUACCCUCUCGUCUUCGCCGCUGCCACAAGGAUCGCAGGACUACUUCGCCUUGCAGACUCAAGAGGAGGAAAGACAAAUACAAGGGCUGCGACAGGGUUCUCGAAGCCCCACUGUCUCCAGGACUCUAUCAAACGGGACCACGGCGUCUGAGAUGUCCUUUGUCGCCAGGAUGAAGUCUCGGUACCAGCUGGAGAAGGAGUCGCAGAGAGCUAACGCUCUGCGCACGAGGAACGAUGAGGGAAGCCAGCAGCAAGAUGAGCGACGCACCAGCAUGUCGCCAACACAGAGUAUCCGUGGUCCGCAAGCUGAAACCGUAACACGCCCUCGACCCGGCCUGUUGCCUCGACUAAGCUCUCCGGCUCCUUUACGUCCUGUGUCAUCCUCUUAUCCUCGUCCGGAUGGUCGCCAGUUGUCUAGUGUCAGGCGCACCAGCUAUCAGACGACAUCCGCGACGACGCCCCGCAAGCCUGCGCCUAGACGAGACGAGGAGAGCCCGUAUGGAGAAUCGACACGCAAGAGCCAGAGCAAUGCUCUCGAGGAAUUGCUGGCGCAAGAGGAGUUCAAUAACGAUGAUGCUUUUGAGGGAGGAGGCAGAAGUCGCGUGAGCUUCAGAAGGGGCUCGCCCUCAAUUGUUCAGUGA